AUGGCCAGCACCGGCUCCGCGCCCGGGGGCGCGGGCCCGGGCUCGGGCACGGCGCUGCCCACCCGCUUCCAGGAGACAGAGAAGCUGCUGUCGGCGACGGAGGGCCGGGAGGAGAAGGGCCUCCGCGGCUCCAAAUCCUUCACGGCAGCCUUGCCCGGCGAGACGGAGCGCAACGGGCACGGGCUUGGCUACAAGUCGGUGUCGGUCGGGCACCUGGAGGCGCCGCCGCUGUCGCCGUCCCGGCUGAGCCUGGGCAGAGCCUCGUCCACGGCCACCAGCACGGCGGCCCCGGAGCAGGGCCGCCCUCGGGACUACCUGGUGCUCGCCAUCUUCUCCUGCUUCUGCCCCGUCUGGCCCAUUAACAUCGUGGCUCUCGUCUUCUCCAUCAUGUCGAGGAACAGCGGCCAGCAGGGGGACACGGACGGCGCCCGGCGGCUGGGACGCAUGGCCAGGCUGCUCAGCAUCGUCUCCAUCGUGCUGGGGACCAUCAUCAUCGUGCUCUACAUUUCACUCAGCAUCAGAGCUUCCUAGAAGACGUUUCAGCAUGCAAAUACCUUGAAGAGGAGGAAGACAACUUUCCUUUUGGGGUUUUUACUUUCAGCCUUGCAACAAAACAAAAAAUUGUCACAGUGUAGGUGGGCAGCCCUAGACAGUCUGCUC